UUGUCUUAUCGAUUUGGUUAUUAUAAUUCGGAUACUGGAGAGGAUUAUGAUCCGGCUUAUACAAUUGAUGAACAAUCACUCGAUUAUUUGGAUGGAAUGUUUAUUAAAGGUACAGGGGGAUUUUUUGGUCUGAAAUUGGGGAUUUUUAAUCGAUUUCGCAAAAUGUUUUAUUAUUGUUUUAGCACAAAUUAUACGAAUUAUAAUAAAAGAGAAAAUAGUUUGCAAAUUUAUGAAAAUUCUGAAACAGUGAAAAUUUUUGAAAUGAUGAAUUCAUGUUUUUUUUUUCAUAUUUUUAAAUCCUAAAUUUUCACUGUUUCAAUAAAUGUUUUCAAUGAGAUUCAAAAUUAAAAAAAAUUUCAAUUCAACAAAUAAAUAAUUUUUUCACUGUUUCGAAAAUCCCAUGAAUUUAGGAUAGGAAAUUUCGAAAUGAUGACAUCAAUGAUGACAAAUUUUUUUCACUGUUUCAAAAAUUAUUCAAAAGUUUUUCGUGAGUGUUUUUGAAUGCUAGAUACAAUUGUUCUUUUUUUUCGAAAUUUCAGGCGUACCUAAUAUUUCAAUUUUAUCGCAGAUAAUUUUUUUCACUGUUUCAAAAUUUCUCGAAAUUUAUUAUGAAUGAUUCAUUUCUAUUGGUAUUGUGGAAUGUUCCUUUCAAAUGAAAAUUCAUCAGAAAAUUGACAAUUAUUCACGGUUUCAGAGAGUUUAUUAGCUUUUACUGAUAUUUUUUCAAAUUGGUGGAUGAAUCGUUAUUUUUUCAAAUAUAAUUUCUAAAUUUCCUACCUUUCCAGGUGUCCAAAUUCGCCCACUCUUCACCCGAAUUCUCGCCAAAAAAUCCGCCAAACUCUCCGAAUUCACCUCAAAUAUCGUGUCAUUUAUGACACGUCAUCCUGAAAUGUCGCAUAUUGGAAUUGGUGAACAAAUUGCAUCAUAUCAGGAUAGUAGUCGAACUGAUACAAAAUAUAUUACACCGUAUGUUAAAUUGAUGGAUGCGUUUUGGCAAAAAUUGGGAGCAAGUGAGAAUUUGAGGACGUUGGCUUUUGCUAGGAUUGAGUAUGAUGGCACUGAGAAUGUGGUGAGAUUUUGGGAUCAGAAAAUUGAAUUUUUGAAAAAUUAUAAAUGAGUAGAAAAAAGUUAUCGAGAGAUCAAAAAAUGGAAUAUUGCUGAAAUAUCUGGAAAUUUUAGGCUGAAAACCUUUAAGAAUUUUGAGCUUUUCAAAUUUAUUUCAUUUUUAUGGUGUUAAGAUUGAAUUAGUUUCUUAAUGAGUAGAAAAAAAAUUUAUUUUGAAAAUUAAUAAAUUCUUUGAAACAGUAAAUUUUUGAAUAAAUAUUUUUUUGAAUUGUUCCACAAAUUCUUGAAUCAGUUUUGUGAUUAAUUCCGAAAAAUCUAUUGUUUCAAAGUUUUUUUUUGAAUUUCCUAGAUUGUGAUUUGUUGAUUUGUUAGCGGUUUUCGUUGAUCGUACUGUAAAUUAACAGAGAGAAAUUCGAGUUAUAAUUGAUUCUUGAAAAAUACGAAUUUUUUUACACAAAGAUUUUUUACCCUCUCAAAAUCUGAUCCAUAUUGAUUUUUCUUUGCAAAAUUGAUUACUCAAAAAUUUACUGUUUCAAAGAAUUUUAUAAUUCUCAAGAUAUUUUUGAAAGUUCGAUAUUUGGUAAUUAACUGUUACUUAUAAAAAUGAUACUGUUUCAAAAAAUUUUCAAACAUUUUUCUAGUCCUUGACUUCUUAUUAACGCUGUCUUCGGUUGCCUUUCAUAAAAUUUCUCAGUUUUUUCUUGAAACUGAAAUUUUUUGUAUUUUUUUUCUGUAAAAUCUUUUUCCACUCAAAUAUCUGAUUUUCUCUUUCAAAAUUGUUCAAGUUUGUUAAUGAAUAACAGAAUAAAUGAGUAGAAUAAGUUCAAUAGUUUGAUUGGUCAUAAAGAAAUUUUUUAGAAAAAAUACACUGUUUCAAGAAAUUAACAACGUUUUUCUAGUCUUUGAUUUUUUUGAUUGGAGCUGUUUGUUAAUCUGACUCACUGUAGAUGCUUUUUAGAGAUCACAAUCCGAGUUUGGUUUGAAGAAAUCUGAAAAUUUUGAAUUUUCAUACAAAAAAUCUGAUUCACCUUCUCGAAGUUGAAUCGUAUAUUUUUCUUUGGCAAAUUACCUUAUCAAAAAAAAUGUACUGUUUCAAAGAAUUUAUGAGUUUUUACAAUAAUUUUUAAAGUUCAAUUUUUGACAAUUUCAUGUUUAUAUUUAAAAAUUAUAAUUUUUUCAAAAAAAAAACAACACAAAUUUUCAGCCCUCAAACGUGACUAGAAAUCUCAAAUCAAUCGGCCUCUAUGAUGUUUCCCUAACUGCAAAUCAACUUCCCACAUGGAUUUCCGGCUCAAAUAUUCAAUUUUUGGAUAUUUUAUCAACUGUAAAUGAUUCGACAGAUGUUUCGGCUUGGGAUAAUUUGGAAAAUUUGGAGCAUUUUAUGCUGCGCGGCUCUCGACUCACAAAUAUCAAAUCAUUAUUUUUGGCCAAAUCUACUCAAUUGAUUUCGUUGACUUUGCAGUGUAAUGAUAUUAGUGUUAUUCAGGAGGUUGGGAAUUUUUGAACAUUCAAAAAAAUUCAGAUUUAAUUUUAUAUUUUUUCAGAACGCUUUCGAUCAUUUGGUAAAUUUGAAGUUUUUGAAUAUUGCCGGAAAUUAUUUGCAAACUUUGCCUGAUCAGAUUUUCAUGAAAUUGACCAAUUUGUUGGUUUUUGAUGUUAGAGCGUGAGUUUUUGGGUACUUUUACGUAAAAAAUCUGUAAUUUUCCAGUCUCGAUAUUGAUUCCAAAACCAUCCUCAAUUUUGAUGAUAAUCUGGUUUCCUGUCAUUCUGGAAGUUCUCUUAACUCCACAUUUUACCUGAAUUCUGUUCCAAAACUGCCGAAUCCUGAAAAUCUCAAAGUUCUUGAAGUUCGCGGCCAGAAGAAUUUCGAUAAAUCAACUUUUGAAGAAUAUGAAAAUGUGGAGAUUUUGAAUAUUGGAUUUUUUGGAUAUUUCCACUUUGAUUGGACUGAAUUUGGAAAAAUUGUGCAAUUUGGAGGAUUUGAAUUUGAAUGGGAAUCUGAUGAAUUCGACGAAUUGGAUUGGUGA